AUGGACGGUACAUUCAGCUACGUCAAGGUUCAUAUCAAACCUCAACUGGGAAUCAGAAACUUUGACCGUGAAGCCGCCAAGCAGGUCGCGGGUGAAAACCCUGACUAUCUAGUUGAUGACCUCUAUCAGGCAAUCGCUAAAGGAGAUUACCCGAAGUGGAACGUCUACGUUCAAGUGAUGUCUCCCAAACAGGCCGAGGGAUACAAAUGGAAUAUAUUUGACAUGACUAAAGUCUGGCCUCACAAGGAUGUCCCCCUAAGGCAGAUCGGCGUCUUAACUCUGAACAAGAAUCCCGACAAUUAUUUCACAGAUAUUGAGCAGGCUGCAUUCUCGCCAUCGACAAUUGUCCCUGGAUGGGCACCUUCUGCAGAUCCGAUGCUACAAGCUCGCAUGUUUGCCUAUCCAGACGCUGCACGCUAUCGCCUCGGGACGAACUAUCAGAUGCUUCCUACGAACCAUGCCAAGUCGCCUGUCCACUGCCCAUAUCAACGGGAUGGGUUUAUGAACUUCACCGACAAUUACAACGACCAACCAAAUUACGUGGGAUCCCAGCUCGAGCCUAUGACUUUCAAAGCCGGUGGAGCGCCUUGCAGCAGACUUUCAACCUUGACCGAACACGAGAAGUGGACUGGUGAGGUUCUGAGCUAUACCAGCAGUGUGACUGCCCUAGACUUUGAGCAGGCGACUGCUCUGUGGAAGGUCAUAGGACGGGAACAUGGCCAUCAAGAAAGAUUCAUUUCCAACGUGGCUUCCAGUAUAUCUGGGGUUACAGACAGGCGUCUCAGAUCUGCGGUGUACCAACUGUUCGCGCAUGUUGACAAGGAUCUUGGGGCUCGUAUUCAGGAGGCCACGAAACUGGAUAAUUAG